GCCGGAGCUGCGACUGGGGCGGGGGAAAGGGGUGGGCAGGGGGCGGCAGGGGUGGGCCGGGACCGACCGAAUGAGGGGGAGGGGCUCAGGUGACUUACGGGGGAAGGAAUGGCUCCCCUCGGAGCUCGCCUGACGACUGCGGGUGUGGGGGACCCGGCUUACGCUCGGCGGCGUUCCCACUCUCCGUUGCCCGGCCAGUGCUCCGGUACAGCCCGAUCGCGGAAUUGUCCCCCUCAGACCCAUGGGGUCCAGGCCCUUCUGUAGGGGGUGGCUGCCGGCCGGUCCCGCUGCCCGACCCCGCAGUCGUGGAGGCGGCCGGAGAGGCCCAGACUGAAAGCGGAGGCCUUUGAGGGGGGGCGGCAGGAGGGCACCGGCCCCCUCUCGGACCUCCUGGCAGAGGUGGGGGCCGUAGCAAAAGGCACAGGGGUGGAGCGUGGCCAGGGGCUAACCACCUGGGACGGACGUCUGCCCGCUUCCCCCAGAUACAUGCUGAGCUGUGGGCUGGGGAAGGAUCUGGCUGCUGGACCUCAGUUCCAAACCCUUGCCCGUCAGUGAGCUGGCGGUCACCAUGGCAAUGCGGGAGCUGGUGGAGGCCGAAUGCGGGGGUGCCAACCCACUCAUGAAGCUGGCCGGGCACUUCACCCAGGACAAGGCCCUUCGGCAGGAGGGGUUGAGGCCUGGCCCUUGGCCCCCAGGAGCCCCCGCCUCUGAGGCGGUCUCUAAGCCUUUGGGAGUAGCCUCGGAAGAUGAGUUGGUGGCCGAAUUUCUCCAGGACCAGAAUGCACCACUUGUAUCCCGCGCCCCUCAGACUUUCAAGAUGGAUGAUCUCCUGGCAGAGAUGCAAGAGAUUGAACAGUCAAACUUCCGCCAGGCACCCCAGAGAGCUCCUGGUGUGGCAGACUUGGCCUUGUCUGAGAACUGGGCCCAGGAGUUUCUUGCAGCUGGAGAUGCUGUGGAUGUAACUCAGGAUUAUAAUGAGACUGACUGGUCCCAAGAAUUCAUCUCUGAAGUCACAGAUCCUUUGUCUGUAUCCCCAGCCCGCUGGGCUGAGGAAUAUCUGGAACAGUCCGAGGAGAAGUUGUGGCUGGGAGAGCCUGAGGGAACAGCUGCCACUGAUCGCUGGUAUGAUGAAUAUCAUCCUGAGGAGGAUCUGCAGCACACAGCCAGUGAUUUUGUGGCCAAGGUGGAUGACCCCAAGUUGGCUAACUCUGAGUUCCUGAAAUUCGUGCGGCAGAUUGGCGAGGGGCAGGUGUCCCUGGAGUCCGGUGCAGGGUCGGGCCGAGCUCAGGCAGAACAGUGGGCAGCAGAGUUUAUACAGCAGCAGGGUACAUCAGAUGCCUGGGUUGACCAGUUCACAAGACCAGUAAACACAGCUGCCCUCGAUAUGGAGUUUGAACGAGCCAAGUCAGCUAUAGAGUCCGAUGUCGAUUUCUGGGACAAGUUGCAGGCAGAGUUGGAGGAGAUGGCGAAACGGGACGCAGAGGCUCAUCCCUGGCUCUCUGACUAUGAUGAUCUCACGUCUGCUUCCUAUGAUAAGGGGUACCAGUUUGAGGAGGAGAACCCCCUGCGUGACCACCCCCAGCCUUUUGAGGAAGGGCUCCGGCGGCUUCAGGAGGGGGACCUGCCAAACGCGGUGCUGCUUUUUGAGGCAGCUGUGCAGCAGGAUCCCAAGCACAUGGAAGCUUGGCAGUAUCUGGGUACCACCCAGGCAGAGAAUGAACAAGAACUGUUAGCCAUCAGUGCCCUGCGGAGGUGUCUGGAGCUAAAGCCAGAUAACCGGACGGCACUGAUGGCGCUGGCUGUGAGCUUCACCAACGAGUCCUUGCAGCGACAGGCCUGCGAAACCCUGCGAGACUGGCUGCGCUACACACCGGCCUAUGCCCAUCUGGUCGUGCGCGGCGAAGAAGGGGCCGGUGGGGCGGGACAGGGCCCCAGCAAGCGCAUCCUGGGAUCCCUGUUGUCGGACUCCCUAUUUCUUGAAGUGAAGGAGCUCUUCCUGGCUGCUGUGCGCCUGGACCCUACAUCCAUUGACCCUGAUGUGCAGUGUGGCUUGGGAGUCCUCUUCAACCUGAGCGGGGAGUAUGACAAGGCAGUGGACUGUUUCACAGCUGCCCUCAGCGUCCGUCCCAAUGACUAUUUGCUGUGGAAUAAGCUAGGGGCCACCCUGGCCAACGGGAACCAGAGUGAAGAAGCAGUAGCUGCCUACCGUCGGGCCCUUGAGCUACAGCCUGGCUAUAUACGGUCCCGCUAUAACCUGGGCAUCAGCUGCAUCAACCUUGGAGCUCACCGGGAGGCUGUGGAGCACUUUUUGGAGGCCCUGAACAUGCAGAGGAAAAGCCGGGGCCCUCGGGGAGAAGGGGGUGCCAUGUCAGAGAAUAUCUGGAGCACCCUACGUUUGGCAUUGUCUAUGUUAGGCCAGAGUGAUGCCUAUGGGGCAGCUGAUGCCCGGGAUCUGCCCACGCUCCUAACUAUGUUUGGCCUGCCCCAGUGACAGUGGGAUGGGCUGCCCUGUGAGUGUCUGCUUGGAGGGGUCCCUGCUCUGGAUGUGACUCCCUCUCCCCAAAUGGGCCUACCAAGGGGGUGGGCUGAUGACCACAAGCGGUACGGCCUCUCAGGAGCUGCCUCAAUGUAGGGGGUGGGGGGUAGUCUGUGUCCUUCCUACGUAACUGUAGGAAAAUGAGCUGUGUCGACUCUGAGUCCCUUGGUAAUUCAGGGGCUGUACACCCCAGUUACAGAUCUCUCUGCUCAUCAUGCCCUUUCUUGGUGCUGCUUUUUUGGGUAGGACCCAAAGAUCUAGGGUAACUGUUGUCAUCAGCUGCCAUUUCUGAUAGGGUCUACCACAUUUGUAAUGUCCGUCCUUUCCCCCCCCCUUUUACUGGGAACUGGUGAUAGUGCAGCCUUCUUGGGCAGUUGUGGGUGGCGGGUUCUUCUACCGUGCACCUCUGUGAUGACUGUACCUGGGAUGGGGUGUUAGGAGUCGGCCUGUUGGAUUUAAGUGUUGCUUUGGCUCAGCAGAGCUGAGUUUUGAUGGGGGUGCCCACAGUUCGGUUGUGCCUGGACCUCUCCCGACUGUAGUCAGGUGCCCUGGGUGCGGUGCCGUACGCAGUAAGGCUGGCGUCAUCAUUGAGGGGUCCCCGGGAGUGGCUGGGCUCAACUGUACAGAGAGUGUGUGUGUGUGGGGUAGGAGGAUGCUUGUUUGUGGAAUGAACCUAGAAGGGACCAGAUGGGAUCAGAUUAAGGGCUCUGUUCUGGGGCCGUUGGUGGGAGGACAGAGCAAGUGGGCUGCGGGGUGUGGUGAGGGCAGCAAGCCCCCCUCCUAGAAAGGCGUGCGAGUAGGAGUUGAGCCAGCUCUUUUAGAAAGUUGGCUCGGAGAUUGCAGUCUUGCCAGAUUCCUAGCAGAGAGGCGGUUCAGUGUUACCGUAAGCCUUUUGCUGAACUUCUUUAAAUGUUUCUAGGGGAGAGCAUUGAAAAAUCCCCUUCCCGCAUAUUACCUUCACAAGGUGUAGAUUGAGGGAACGUGAGGGAGCAGCUUGGAAUGUCCUCAGCUGCCCCCUGUGUGGGGAGAUCCACUGACCCCCAGAAAUGACUGCUAAGCCUCUUGCCUUGUCUUCAGUAGCUAAUGAUCAGAGAGAUUUUUUUUAAACUACCACGGUCCCAAGGUUCCAUCCUGAAAUUUAUUUUUCUUUGUAUGAAUAUGUGUAAAUGAUUUAAAAAUAAAACUGUAUGAAUAAAAUUUGUAUGAAGAAUAAGUGGAA